CAAGACAUGAAGUUAGGAGUGGUUUACUUAUAGCUGUACUUAUGGAUAUGAUAUGCAUCUCUAACAAUCUCAACUGGAUAUUGGCCCUAAACUGCUGAUAUCGCUUCUUGUCGUGCUUUUUGGUUGCAUAUAUACUUACGUCAGUCUGUUGCCUAGAGUCCUUGAUUUAGGGGCCGUUUGCUGGGCAAUCUUAUAUACGUAGCAUCUUGCUUGUUUAUUUAGCGAUUCACAAUGGCAAUGAGGGUUCCUCCAACGAUACCUCCUCGGCCGAGUCGUUCGCCAAAUACCCUAUCUCCGCCCAACGCAGAUAUUCCGAAGAUUCCACCCCGCCCAACAAAACGCCGGACCGACCAAUCUACCUCUCCAAAGCCCGAUAGAUUUGCACCUUCACCACUAAACGCUCUACCCGGAGAGGCUACCGCUUCAAACGAUGACCGCCCUUCUCGACCCCCCAGUGUCGCAGCGCUUCCGUCGAUUGGACAAGAAAGGAUCGAAUAUGAAGGCGCAGAGUACCAGAGCAUGCAAGGAGGCGAAGAUGAUGACCAGAUACAGCAACCAGUAGAGACCAGGAGUGUUAACCGGGAUCUAUACCUCCAUGCGCCAAGGCCAUCUUUACCAGAUACUAGUGCCAAGGCUCAGGUGGAAGUUGUCACCAGAACGGAUUCACGACAAGCUGCAGCUGCAGGCUUCGGAAAAGCGGUUUCACCCAGUGACGAAGAAGUGAAGUAUCUCGAUUCCCAGCGCGAACCGUCCGCUGAGCAACGCAAAUCCUUACAUCCAGGAGAUGAACAGGGUGUUUCUGAAAUUGGUCAACGGGUUCCCAUGAUACCGAAUGCUGGUUAUGUACAAGCGCCGAGCCCUGCACCUUUAGGCGCGCAUAAUGAGCCAUUAAGUAGCGAGAGCUCCGUUUCUCAGCGACAAGGGCGACAGCAGGCCCGAAAUAGAAGUGGGUUGGAGUGGCUUCCACCUAGUAGUUACGGGCUUCACGGCCACGGAGUUCAUAUGAACGAUAAGUUUGAAAAGGCUUGGUACGACAAACACCCUGAGGAGCUUACCCGUGAAGAACAAACUCACUAUGGCCCUGGGAAUGGAAGCCCCCGACCUGAGUGGGCUAUGUCUAGUGAAGAUUUAAAUAAGAUAGUCAAGUUGUCCGCACAAAAAACUAUUGACUCUUCUGCAGAGAUUAUAUGCACACCAGAGGAGGAGAUUGGCUAUAUAGCUACUGAAGAACUUGCUUCACGCUUUAAAUUGCCGUCACGUGGAUCACCAUUGGGCAAAAAUGUUGCCCAAGGUCUAGAACCGGCUCCUGAAUCGCUACGGAAAAACUCUACCGCCCAAGAAAACGAUCACGACAAAGAGGAGGUCAAAAUCCAUAUAGAUGAACCAAUCCACCACCAGCACCACCCGGAUGGGUUUAUGCCUGCAUCAGACAACCAUAAGCCACAUGGCGGUGAUUCAUUGGAGGAAAAUGGGGAAGAAUCACCGAUACUUGCUGAAGAUGAAGUCGAUGAACGUGCUGAACAUUUGCAACCAGCAGUCUCCCCAACUCUAGUUUCUCAUAUUAUAAAUUCACCCGAGCGCAAGACCCAUACUCGGUCUCCUAGUGUUGGUAGCAACCGAGUACCGAUCAAACCGCUUGCUAGCCCAACCUUGUCGUCAUAUAACUCACGGACUGGAGAAGGUGAAGAUAUGAGACAACCCGUGGAGGAUGUCGAAGAGUAUGAGCCACUCUUCCCCGACGAUGGUAAGAACAAGAAGCCUUUACCGGCGGAGGAGCAACUCAAGAAAGAGCCGGAGUAUCACCGACAUAAAUUUCCGAGCCAGGACAUAUGGGAAGAUGCUCCAGAUAGCUUACAAUUGCAAACAACGGUCUCGAUGGCAGAAAGCCCGAAAGAUGAGAAUAAAUCCCCCGUCGAAAUUGCCGAGGAAGAAAUGGCAAAGCUUCGGCAGGGCAUACAAAGGAAGCCAAGUUCAGCGUCAACAGGAUCUUCAGGCCCGUCAGAUGAUGUGCCAGCAAGACCUGGUGUUAAACAGAGCUUCUCAAGCAAAGACAUCUGGGAGGAAGCACCAGAAAGCCAACAACUGGAAGCCACUGUGCAGAUUGCAGAACAGCAAAACGAAGCGAUUCCAGCAGAAAAUACGGAGAAAGCGUCGCCUCCAGGAAUCCCUGUUCGUCCAUCCAAGAGACCGCAACGGAUUUCGCCGGAGCGCCAAUCUCCACCCGUCCAAGCGGAAUCUACUCUGCUGCCAACCGAUGCCAAGAAGCCCCCCGCCAUUCCCGAGCGUCCUAAGCCUCAGAUUCCGCCAAGACCCCCCAGACCCCUUCAACGAACUUCUGGGGAUAGCUCGUCCAAAAUAAAAUCGAGCACGUCUAACGACACGGCCUCUCCGCCUGUCGUGAAACCCAAACCACCGAUUCCAUCGCGUCCUCUUGGGUCUAAAAUUGCAGCGUUAAAGGCUGGGUUUCUAUCGGAUUUGGAUAAUCGUCUGAAGCUUGGACCGCAGGCACCCAAACCACAGGAGAAGAAUGAAGAGGAGAAACCGCAGGCCCCGAAGGGACCGUUGAGCGAUGCGCGUAAAGGCAGGGCAAGGGGUCCUGCGAGAAGGAAGCCUGCGGUUUCUUCUCCCCCAGAGGAUACGACGAAGGUCGAAGCGACCCGAGCUCCCCAAGUAACACUGGUCGAGCCAUGGAGCCUUUGGUCUAUGCGACCCGACGGGGCGUUAAUGUUGUGUCAAGAGAACGAAAAGCCAGAGAGUAUUUGCAAGACAGGACCGUCUCCAGAUCGGUCCAAGGAAGCUUUACCGCCGGAGCAACUGAAGAUCGAAGAGUCAGUUAUCUUGAGGAGCCCUGAACCAGAAUCCCAGAUAACAGAGAACCAAAAGUUGGUGGAAGAACAAAAAUCGCCAACAUCAAUGGAUAAUCCCGAGCCCGACCUUUCUGUGCAAGAGCACCUCGAAUUUCAAUCACCUUUGCAUCCCACUUCAGAACAGACGUCCCCGGAAACUAGCACGGGGCCCCCUUUUGAGCCGUCUUCAAUUGAUCCAGCUUCAGAGACGGACCUAACAACCGUGCCACCAGAGAAAGAAGAGACGUCAAGAAUGAUUGAUACCAAGAAAGACAUGACCCAAGCACAACCGCAAGAGAAAGAUAUUGAGCCUGUCGCUGAUCUCACCCCAGAAGUGAUCUUGAAGGACCCGACGAAGUAAUAGUUUCAGUCUUUCCACCUUAGUGUAUUUUGUACUGAGUUUUCUGGCUCUUGAUCCUUAUGCUCCUUCCCAUUGACAGUUUUGCAUUAUUGCAUAAGUAUAUAGACGUUCUAUUCCUCCGUGUUGGUUGGCAAUGCACGGCCAUACGUGUGAUAAUACUGUAUAUCUAACAUCCAUGGCCUGAUAUAUGCAUAGGACGGGUUGGGUCGGAUUCGGACACCAGACGUUUUGACAUAGGUAUGGACCAACCGGUAUCAGCACGACCAUAUAUCCGGAGCGACUGUUUCCCAAGUGAAACUUUUUCUUCAAAAAAGCCAAUGAUUCGAAUAAUAAUUGUUUUCUUUUAGU